UAGGCACCGUCUUUGGCUACUAUAGACCUAGCAAAGUGCAACGGGAAAGACCUGCAUUGGAUGGGCUGUGUGUUAGUCCAUUAUGCAAGUUUGCCCUUCAAACUGAGUAAAAGCUUAUUUAAUUACUAAGUUUUAGUAAUACAAAACUAAAUAAAAUAGUCUAAGGCAAGUCGAAGAAAACAGGGCAACUGUGAAUUCCUAUGUGCAAAGACGUAACCUCCAGAAAAUAAGGUAAUCGUGGUAAAACAGACCGAGCGGUCGAACGGAGAGAGAGAGAGAGAGAGAGGGCGCGGCCAUGACGCACCGGACCAUCCACCUGUUCCGAAAGGGGCUCCGUCUCCACGACAACCCGUCCCUGGUGGCGGCGCUGGAGUCGUCGGCGGCGGUGUACCCGGUGUUCGUGCUGGACCGGGCCUUCCUGGAGGGGGCGACGCGCAUGGGCCCGCUGCGCUGGCGCUUCCUGCUGCAGAGCCUGCGGGACCUGCGGGACGGGCUGGCCGCGCUGGGCUCCCGCCUCCACGUGCUGCAGGGCGGCCACGAGGCCGUGCUGCGCCGGCUGGUCCGCCGCUGGGGCGUCACGCAGCUCACCUUCGACGCCGAGGUGGAGCCCUUCUACGCCCGGCUGGACGACGGCCUGCGGGCCCUGUGCCAGGAGCUGGGGGUGCUCGUGCGCUCCUGCGUGGCCCACACCCUCUACGACGUCCGGAGGAUUAUCAAAGCCAACGGAGGGGAGCCCCCACUGACCUACAAGAAGUUCCUGCAGGUGCUGUCCGUCCUGGGAGAGCCUGACAAGCCAGCGCGGGAAAUCACGCUCCAGGACUUCCAGAAGUGUAAAACUCCUGUGGAUGAUGGAAAUGACGAGCAGUACCGGAUUCCAAGCCUGGAGGAUCUUGGGAUAGAGGUGGACCUGGAGGUCUUGUGGCCUGGUGGGGAGAGUGAGGGACUGAAAAGACUGGAGAAGCAUUUUGAGAGUCAGGGUUGGGUUGUCAACUUCUCCAAACCCCGCACCAUUCCAAACUCCCUGUUACCGAGCACAACCGGUCUCAGUCCCUACUUCAGCCUGGGCUGUUUGUCUGUCCGCUCCUUCUACUACAAGUUGUCCAACGUCUAUGCACAGUCCAAGAACCACUCCCUGCCCCCAGUGUCACUCCAGGGGCAGCUGCUGUGGAGAGAGUUCUUCUACACUGUCGCCUCUGCCACCCCCAACUUCACCAAGAUGGCCGGCAAUCCCAUCUGCCUCCAGAUCGGCUGGUACGAGGACCAGGCGGCGCUGGAGAAAUGGAGGACGGCGCAGACGGGCUUCCCCUGGAUCGACGCCAUCAUGACCCAGCUGCGGCAGGAGGGCUGGAUCCACCACCUGGCCCGGCACGCUGUGGCCUGCUUCCUGACCAGGGGGGACUUGUGGAUCAGCUGGGAGGAGGGCAUGAAGGUGUUUGAGGAGUUCCUGUUGGAUGCAGACUACUGUGUGAACGCUGGGAACUGGAUGUGGCUGUCGGCCAGCGCCUUCUUCCACCAGUACACCCGCAUCUUCUGCCCCGUGCGCUUCGGGCGCCGGACUGACACCGAUGGACAGUACCUCAGGAAAUAUCUACCAGUGCUGAAGAACUUCCCCUCCAAGUACAUCUACGAGCCGUGGACUGCUCCUCUGGAAGUGCAGCAGGAGGCUGGGUGUAUAAUCGGGAAGGACUAUCCCCAGCCCAUGGUGAACCACCAGGAGGUCAGCCAGAGGAACAUGGCCCUGAUGCGGCAGCUUCGGAGUGAGCAGGAGGGCACCGCCCAGCUGACCCGAGAUGUGACGGACGACCCAAUGGAGUCUGGCGUGAAGAGGGACCGCCAAGACAGCGGGCCCUCGGAGGACGCGUCCGAGACGCUGGAGAGAGCCAACAAGCGCUUCAGCCCCGACGGAGACUGCAAGGCCCAGUCCGUCAGCUGGACCUCCGACCCCAUCCGUCUGCCCGAGCUCAGCGAAGGGGUCAUGUGACUCGGGGAUGGUCAUGUGACGUGAUGGGGGAGGGGGGGCUUCUCUCUGCUCCUGUGGCAGGCGGGGACCUGACCCAAACCAAAGCACGGACCACUGAAAACAUUCAUACUACUAAUAAUCUCGACUGAAAUGGCUGUGGACUGGCAACACAACGACAACACUGUUGGAGGCCGACUUUCAAACUGAGGAAAUGCAUGCAUAUUGCACCGAGUUGAUCUGCUUGCUUUUCAUGCAUACUGCAUGCACCUGAGAACUUUUUGUUCUAGCUGUAUAAGCUAUGAUGUGUAGUUUCUUGUAAUAAUCGUACUACCUCCGAUUUUGUUAGCUGUAUACAGACAGUGGUACAGUUGGCAGUAGUCUUACCGCAUACAACACAGUGCUUCCUGAUGCCAAGUAGUCUCCACCCCUCCUCCCAUGCUUCAUGAUUCAUGUCGAUGGAUUAGAUCAGGGCUCCUCUGUCUUAUCCUGAAAGGGCUGGUGUGGGUGCUGGCUUUCCUUCCAACCAAGCAGUAACACACUUGAUUCUAUUAAUCAACCACCAGAGUCUUUGCUAAGGGCCCUGAUUAGUAGAAUCAGGUGUGUUGCUGCUUGGUUGGAACGAAAGCCUGCACCCACACCGGCCCUUUCUGGAUAAGAUUGAGGAUCCCUAGAUUAGAUGAUCUCUUAGGUUUCCCUUUAAUAUAUACCUGAUGUGAACCAAUGUAUGCCUUUUAAAUUAAUAUUGUGACUCAUACUUGUGGAAUACAAAAUGUUUUGUCAGGUUUAAAUUUUUAAAAUUUGAGUACGAGGGCACUUACCUAUUUUUUGGAGAAUAUGUGUGAAUGGAACCUGGGAGCGCUACACGGCACGGGUAUAAAAGACUGAAAAUGGAAAAAGGAAAAAAGAUUUUUCCAGUUGUAGGGUCCUUGUUCUUUUUUUUUUUUUUAAGAAAAUGGCAAUGCAUGAGGCAAUUUCCCAUCACCAUUGGUUGUGUUCUGAUUUGAGAGACAAUCAAGAAUCAUUUGAAAUAUAAAGCCCUUCUACCAUGUCAUAUUUUAUCCUUAUUCAGGUUGGUAAACUGGCAUUGUGUAACUUUAUUUGUGUAUCUAACAGAAAUAGAUUCUAAAAUAGAUAUUUUUUUCUGUG